AUGAUUGCAACAGACAGCGACUGUGAUACCCUGUCCAGGGAGGCCACAGGAACCACGUCCCAGGACAUCCAGGCCCAGCAUCAACACGACCUCGCCACCAUCAUCAGCCUCGAUUCCGACAGCGACCUGAAGCUCUGGCUGCAGCAUACCGGCUUCUUCGACAUUGAGCACCGCCAAAAGGUCCUGGCUGCGCUGCGCAAGCUCAAGGACAUUGACGAGCAGCGCUGCAAGAUUGUCUCGGAGAUGCGCGCCUCUGCGGAUUACUACCUCGUCUCUCCAACGCCGCAGAGCUCGACUACUUUGGCGAGCCCCUCGUCUUCCUUGUCCCUGGCGGCGCAGAAGCCGCGCCAGUCGGCAGCCGUUUAUGAUUGCAGCGAUUCGCGCUCAGCCGUCUUUGCGGUAUCCAGCGAGCGUUGCGGCUCUGAGAUCUCGUCACUGACCAGAGGUGCUGGUUCCGACAAUGGGUCCAUGGCUUUUGGACAAAGGCCGGUAUCUCGUCAAGAGGUUGUUGAUGCCGCUCCUCCCUCCAUUGCUUCCAUGCAGAACCCUCAACCGGCUGUCGAAGCCACGCCGCCGCCUGUUGAUCCCGACGAGGACUGCCAGGAAGCUAAGUCGCCGCCCGUGUCGGCAUGGUUCGAAAAGGAGAGGAUGCCCUCGCCGCUUGGAUCGGGCUGGGGUGCAUCGCUCGACUCCGUACCACCUCGCCUCAGCAAGGGCAAGCCCGCGAACAGAUACCCUCUGGCCCAGUCCUUGUCAUCGGUUCCUAAGCAAGAAUCGAGAUACUUUCUGGUCAAGUCCUUUAACGAGUCAAACGUGGAAAUGUCUCAGCGAGACGGCUUGUGGAUCACAAAGGCCAAGAACGGCUCCCUCUUUGCAAGCGCCUUCAAGCAGCACCAGAACGUCUACCUUCUCUUUUCCAUCAACAAGUCAAAGGCUUUCCAGGGCUACGCCCGCAUGACCUCGGCCCCAGACGCAAACAUAUCGCCCGCGAAGUGGAUGAACAACAUCACCUGGGAAGCCAGCGACCCCUUCCGCAUCGAAUGGCUCAACACCCGCCGCACCGAGUUCUGGAAGCUCGGCGACCUCAAGAACCCGCUCAACGACGGUAAGCCCGUCUUUGUCGGCCGCGACGGCCAGGAGUAUCCCGAGGCGUGCGGCCGCACAAUGAUUCGCAUACUCGAUCGGGUGGACCGAGGCACGAGGGAGAAGGAGAGGGAGAGGCGUGCUGGGCGUGGUGCUUCGUGGAAACAGAGGCGGGCUGGUCGUGAUGACGGCGAGAUGGAGGGAGAUGGCGGCCGGGUCGAGGAUGACGAGCCAUCGGCUUGGGGGCUCAACCUCAUGUCGGAGAAUGCCGAUGUUGGCUCGGCGAGUACAGCAGAAGACUUGCUGUUGCUCGAGUAUUGA